AUGCACACUCAGUUGGUGGGCGUGCUGUUGGGUCUGCUGGGCCUUUUGGGAACGGGCCUGAUCUGCGGGCUGCCCGCCUGGAAGGUGACAGCGUUUGUGGGGUCUAGCAUUGUGACGGCUGAAGUCUUCUGGGAAGGCUUGUGGAUGACAUGUGUGAUCCGGAGCACGGGUCAAGCGCAGUGCAAGGUCUACGACUCGGUCUUGGCGCUGCCGCGAGACCUGCAGGCGUCCAGAGCGCUGGUGUGCGUGUCCCUGGGAGUAGGGGUGGUAGCUGUGGGCCUGAGCGUGCUGGGUGCCCGCGGCACAUCCUUCCUGCGCCAUGACUGGCCCACCAAAAACAAUGUGGGCCUGGCGGCCGGGGUGACCUUCGUGCUGGCCGGCGUCCUGUGCCUGAUUCCCGUCAGCUUGUCGGCGCACGCCAUCAUCACUGGAUUCUUUGACCCGUUGCCCUCUGAGGAGCGGCGCGGGGAACUUGGUGCUUCCAUCUAUGUGGGCUGGGCCUCGGGGGCGCUGAUGGUCAUCGGCGGAGUCAUCAUGUGCUCUGUGUACUCGUGCUGA